AUGCGUUCCUGCGGCCCCAGUUUAAUUAAAUAUGUCCUGUUCGCCUUUAAUGUGCUCUUUGCGCUCUCAGGCCUGGGCAUUCUUAUUGCAGGAUCCGUUGUGUUGGCCGACGUGAAUGAGUUCAACCACUUUGUGGAGGGUCGAGUCAUUGCUCCUCCCAUUGUACUCAUCGUCACAGGCCUCAUCAUAUUUCUAAUAGCCUCGCUAGGAUGCUUCGGUGCGAUCAAGGAGUCGCCCACUCUACUACUGACGUACGCCGUGCUGCUGGCCGUCAUUUUCAUCAUUGAGUUGGCCGUCGGCAUUGCCGCCAGCGUCUUUAAGAAGGAUCUCGAAGGAAUGGUCAAAAACUCACUGCAGGAUUCCAUCAAAAGGUCAAGCAGCGAGGACACCAUGGCCUGGGACAAUAUUCAACGCAAACUCAUGUGCUGCGGUGUGGACACUCCAGCCGAUUGGCGCACGAUGAGCGCAAACAAAACUCUUCCGGCCAGCUGCUGCCGCCCUCAGUAUGUGGAUGCCACCGUCGGCCACUGCACGGAGUCGCCAGCCCUGGGCAGGGACAAAUACUUUCAGGAGGGCUGCGUUGGCAAGCUGAAGGAUCGCAUCGAUAAGAACGCUGUCAUCCUAAUUGGCGUCGGCAUUGGCAUUGCUUUCAUUCAAAUACUCGGCAUUGUAUUGGCCUGCUACCUGGCCACCAGCAUCAGGCAUGAGCGAGCCAAGUAAAUCGAGGACCCUAUCCUAAAUCUAAAGUAACUGGAAGCAUGCCAUACUGUUGAAAAGCCGCUUUCGAACCAACAAAAACUCUUCAGCAAUUUUAUGAAGACCCAAGGCAACAUUUAUUUUAAAUCCUGCUCAAUUCCAGUACAAUAGGGCCACAUAUAAAUAGGCAGAAAGCCGAAAAGAUAUUUUUAAAAAAGUAUAUGGAGAAA